UUAUUAUUAUUAUUAUUAUUUAUACUUCCCCUUUUCUUCCUCCUUAUUAAUUCAACCCUCUCUCUCUCUCAUCCUUCAUUCAUUCUUCAUAUGGCCAAUGAGAACUCCACCAAUAAUAAUUCCCUUAACUAUCACGGUGAAGAAUCGCCGGAGGACAGUGGGUGGACCAUUUACUUUGAAGAUUUCCUCAACACAGACAACCCUAACUCUCAUAAUCAAUCACUCACUUCCUUCUCAGCUUCCUCCCACUUUUCUCUUGAUGUCACGGACGCUGCCUCCUCCGUCGCCCAUCGUAAACUACCUCAUGACCACAACGACCAAGUUUCCGAACAACCCGGGUUCGGUUACAAGGAUGAUGAUCAUAUCAACUUUUUUAAGAAGAGGAAGAUGAUCAAAGAGUUGUUUGUUAAAGAUGAAGCUUUGGAGGAUACUGCUAGCUCUCCUGUUAAUAGUCCCAAGAUAUCUGGUUCAACCUACUUUAGCAAGAACCAGAAGCACAGAGACAAUUUAAUAGCUCCUGAGGUGGAGGAGAGAAGAGAAAUGGAUAAUCUUAUUGGAAUUGGCAAUGACUACACAGAACUGAAGAAAAGAGGGCUUUGCUUAGUACCUUUGUCUAUGGUUCUUAAUUAUUUACCUCAAUAACUCUCCUUUCUCUUAUCUCUCUUCUUUAUGUAAAUAUUGAUCAUUUGAUGAAGGGUUAUUGUGUAUUCUAUGUACAAAAUGUGCAUGUUGUAAUAUGAUUGUAAUCAAGUGAAGGCAUUAGAAGAGAGAAAAGCAUAUGUAUAAAUUACUCAUAAUCUUUUUAGUUGUUUACUUUUAUCUUUCUCAAAUGGGGAGUAAAUAAAAUUAAAGAGAUUAAAUAA